GGAAAUCCCAACUUUUAAAUCGGCAUGCGCAAUAGCAAAUGGAAAACGCAGGGUCUUAGCUGACAGUCCUCGUGCCCUUAGGGACAGCGAUGCAGUAGCAGGACUUCAUUUCCAAAGAGACUGCAGCAAGCCAACUAGGACUGCAAACAGCUGGUAAGGAAGCCGUUGUGCCUUUCGGGACCCACGAUGCGGGGUGCAGCCCACAUCCUCCUGUGCUCGCUGCUGCUGGUGGCCCUCCGCAGCAGAGAGACAGCCGCGCAGGAGGGCCAGCCCGACCCCAAAGCACCGUGCGCCAACUGGAUGGGGGGAGCACCCGGCUACCCCGGCCACAACGGGCUCCCCGGCCGGGACGGGAAGGACGGCAAAGACGGACAAAAGGGAGAGAAAGGCGAGCAAGGUGAGCAAGGCCCCAAAGGUGACAAGGGCGAAAUAGGAAGCCAUGGAAUCGAAGGCCCAAGAGGAUUUCCAGGAAACCCAGGGAUGAAAGGGGAGAAGGGAGAAGGUGCCUACGUUUACCGCUCCGCCUUCAGCGUAGGGCUCGCGGGGAGAGCUCCUCACCCCAACGUCCCCAUCCGAUUCAGCAAGAUCUUCUACAACGAGCAGAGCCACUACGACGCGAGCACAGGCAAGUUCCACUGCAGCAUCCCCGGCAUGUAUUAUUUCGCCUACCACCUCACAGUGUACCUGUCGGAUGUCAAGGUCAGCCUGUACAAGAAGGACAAGGCGGUGCUCUUCACCUACGACCAGUUCCAGAAGAACAACGUUGACCAAGCCAGCGGCUCUGUGCUGCUCCAUCUCAGUGCUGGGGAAGAAGUCUGGCUUCAAGUGUACGGGGAAGGGGAAAACAACGGUGUCUACGCUGACAACAUCAACGAUUCCACUUUCAUGGGAUUCCUGCUUUACCCAGAUUUGGAUGUCCAUUAAAGCCAGGAGGUUCUACUUGGUAGAGGACACAGUGGCUUAACCCCAGAACUGAGUUCUGGGGCACUAUACUUAUAGAAUAUUUCUUGGAAAACUCUUUUGCAUGUACUACAAUUGCCAAGGGUGGAAUUCUAUCUCCCGAGAAAGCAGUAAUUUUAUACAAAUGACUUCAGUGGGACCAAGAGUUCACUCACACCCUGCUCUUGUUCUCCUUGCAAAAACCUGGGCCCAAGUUAAACACCUUUCACCUUUCCUUCAUGAAACAGUAACUCCUGAGAUAAAUUGGCUUAAAAAAUGUAAAACAACUGUCACUUUUAAAUAUAAAAUUUAAAACAGCCACUUAAAAAUUCAUUCAAAAAAAUCACAUAAUUCAGCCAACAUUUUACAAUUUGAGUAGAACAGGAAGAAAGCUACUCCUGAAAACUGUAUCUGUUCUUGUUCUCAAGUGGCAACAGAUGGCUUGUUUUCGCUACUGAAACCCCCAUCUUAUUAGGGUCUUCGACUUCCACCCAUGGUUUGUUGUUACCCUUCUUCAGCUCAGAUCCCUCCAUGUAUUCAGAUUUUUACCUCUCACUGAUUUUAAUGCUUUGUUUUUCCUUUUAUGUUUAUCCCCCAACAUUAUCUCUAAUUCAUACAGCAUACUCAGGGCAGGGAUCUUCUCUUUCAGUUUGUCUGAAAAGCCUUCCGAACACCCAUGAGGCUACAUAACAAACGUGACCCUGUGACUACAUGGCUUUGGGCAUCCUGAAGGGGUUACAGAUGUGUUGGUCUCAGAGAUGACAACAGCUGGAAACGAGAGCAGUUCCCCUACAAACAUCAUGCCCGAACCAGAAACAGAAGGCCCCUCGAGGUUCGCAGGCAGAUAAGACAUCAGCGUGGAGGUGUCCCUUCCGAAAGCACUAUCCUGGCUCUGGAAGCAAUGUCAUCUCAUUCAGCCUAGAGGCUGUAGGCAUGGAGCAAGAUAGAAGAGAUCUUGUUCCAUCUCCUACCUGAAUAGCUCCCAAGUGCAGUCAAAAGUUGAGGACAAACUGUCCUCACUAAGCAUGUCGUUAGUAAAGGUUAGCACGUCAGUUGGGCACAACUUCAGUUGGUGCAGCCUCACACACUGAAACAGCUGCCAGGAUCAACAGCUGGGAUCUGCCCCGGCUCUCUGCAAGGUUAGCUCAACACUGUGUACUAAGGCUGGGACUAGUGACAGUACUGCCACAAACUCCUUUCCCAAGGAGGUUUGUCAACUUUAAGCUAAAAGAUGACUUGAUACCUUCUCAGAUAUGUACAAAGAAGAGUCCUGUUAAGCUUCAGAACAAGCUAACGCACAUCUGACAAUGUAUUAUUACAAGCACAGAACAGCACGAAGAGCUUCAGAUGGAAGUAUUUCCAACAGCAGCACGUUCUACACUCCAGUGAAUUACCACAUUACAAAUAGUAACAAUAAAAAAAAAAAACACUCAGUAACAA